AUGGAACCUUUCCUCCAAUGGGAUUUCCCAUAUGAGCUGAUAAAACCCGUCAACCGUGGAUCUGAGACCAUUGCCCUUUUUCAUGACAGCUUGUAUAACCAAGAUGGUAUUGGCCGAGACUUAGCAGCAGCUAUUCAAACUGCCACUGCUGAAACCUCUCACCAACACCAAUUCUUUCAGCUUUACGCACCUCUGAGGCUCUUGGUUAGAGCAGUCGAAUUCAAUAAAGCCCAAAGGUUGAAAGCGGACUCACUCGUGCAGCUUUACAUUGCGCAAUCUCUAUUACCAGACCUUCCCGACGCACUUCAAAGCGAUGUACCAGCUCCGGAAUUGAUUCGCCGAGUGGGAAGGGGCGAUAUUUACAGUUCUUCAAUAUGGUUAGGGACUGAGCCGACUUACACCCCGUUACACCGGGAUCCAAACCCGAAUUUGUUCUGCCAGCUGUGCAGUAGCAAAGUGGUGAGGCUUAUGCCUCCCGAGAGAGGACUCGCGCUAUAUAAUGGCGUGCAGAAGCAGCUUCGACGAUUGGGAAAUAGCCGAAUAAGAUCCACAGAGAUGAUGGAGGGAGAAGAGAGGGAGAUGCUUCAUAGUGCCGUUUGGGGAGACGAACCGAUGGCAACAGAUGCCCAAGAGGUGACACUACGUGCCGGAGAUGGGUUAUUUAUACCAAAAGGCUGGUGGCAUUCUAUUAGGAGCGAGCAAUCGGACGGACAGCUAAAUGGAUCAGUCAACUGGUGGUUCCGUUGA